UUUCAUUUUAUUUGCAUCUCUUGGGAGGACUCUAGCUGAUCCGGCGGCGUCGACGUCCCACAUCUGGGAGCCCCCGCUGUGGCCUCUCAUCCGAGCGAGAGGCGCAACCGCCGGCCUUCCGGCGCCGCCAAGGACUUCUCCCCGCCAGAUCCAGUGGUGGUGGGGCUGUGCCAGUGCCAGCUCUGAAGGCGAAGAUGAUCCGUCUUCAGACGUACACAGCGUUCAGCCUGCUGGCGAUGGCAUCGGCGGUGUACUAUGCCUUCAGUAGCCAGGAGCAGUUCUACCCGGCGAUGGUCUACCUCUCCACCUCCAAGAUCUGCUUCGUGCUGCUCCUCAACACAGGCCUCGUCGCCAUGUGCGUCGCCUGGCAACUCGUCAAGCGCCUCUUCCUUGGAUCGCUCCGGGAGGCCGAGGUUGAGCGUCUCAAUGAGCAGUCCUGGCGGGAGGUCGUUGAGAUCCUCUUUGCCAUCACCAUCUUCCGCCAGGACUUCUCAGUCUCCUUGCUUGCCAUGGUCGCUGCGCUGCUCCUUGUCAAAGCACUGCACUGGCUGGCCCAGAAGAGGGUCGAAUACAUCGAGACCACACCGUCCGUGCCCAUGCUCUCGCACAUAAGGAUCGUUUCCUUCAUGGCGUUUCUGCUCAUCGUCGACUGCCUCUUCCUGUCCAACUCGCUCAGGCCGCUCAUAGAGAAACGGGAGGCAUCAGUUGCCAUCUUCUCCUUUGAGUAUAUGAUACUGGCAACAUCCACAGUAUCAACAUUUGUGAAGUAUAUAUUCUAUGUCACCGACAUGCUAAUGGAAGGUCAAUGGGAGAGAAAGGCAGUGUAUACAUUUUACUUGGAGCUCAUCAGUGACCUUGUGCACUUGUCAUUAUACAUGCUCUUCUUUGUAGCUAUCUUCCUGAACUACGGUGUCCCGCUGCACUUGAUCCGUGAGCUAUAUGAGACCUUCCGCAACUUCAGAAUUCGCAUUGCAGAUUAUCUACGCUACAGAAAGAUCACGUCCAACAUGAAUGAACGCUUUCCAGAUUCUACAGCAGAAGAGCUCAAUGCGAAUGACGCUACAUGUAUUAUUUGCCGUGAGGAGAUGACUACAGCAAAGAAGCUGCUUUGUGGGCAUCUAUUCCAUGUCCAUUGUCUAAGGUCAUGGCUAGAGCGCCAGCACACUUGCCCUACGUGCAGAGCUCCAAUCAUUCCCCCAGAUAAUGGACGUGCUGCAUCAUCGCGACAAUAUGGAGCUCAACCUGGAGUCCAGCCUGCAGCUGCAGGUACUGGCACUCCAGCCUCAGAAGGAGCAGCAAGUGAGAACAUGAGCAGGCGCCAAGCAAAGCUUGAAGCGGCAGCAGCAGCAGCUUCUUUAUAUGGAAGAUCUUUUGCUUAUCCUCCAGCAAACACCCUAAAUAGGUCAGUUCCUCCCCAGUCUGCAUCUAGUAUACCACAAUCUGAAGCAAGUUGCUCCAAUCAAUCCCAGAAAGACCAAGAACUGCAGUUCCAAAACACCAACGAUGGUUUAGCACCUCAGGCUUUUAAUGCACAUGGUGCUAUUAGUUCAGGAACAAGCACCAGGGAUCUUGAAAGUUCACUGCAGAAGGCACAAGAAAACUUUAUAAAGAGCCAGAUAGAGGAGCUAAAUAGGUGUCCAUUGACCACUUGCAAGUUGCAACAUCUUGGAUAUUUCUGUUGCAAGCUCAUCUUUGGGUGAAAUCAGGCCAAGCUGCAUACUCACCAAUAUGUUACAAAUCCAACUGCAAAUGGUUCAGCGCGGUGCUGCUGUAUCAGCCACUAACAAUGAGAAUGCGGAGCACAGAAAGAAUGGCUGAAGCUGUAAAUAGGCAGAGAUGAGGACGGGAUAAACAAAACAAAGAUUUGGCUAUACCACAGGGCAAAACUGUUACGUGGUGCCUUGCCUUGAUUUUGGUAGGCUUGUUCACUUAUACUAACCUGUUAGUGCCCUCUUAACAACACUACAUGUUUCUUCUCUUUAUGUGGUGGUUGCACAGUUUGGAUAUGUGUCAAGCCUGUAUAAUAGCUUUGAUAGAGAGGCCGUCGUGUUGUAACAAUGGCUGGUUGGGAUUAAACAAAAUCCAUCUCCGAGGAAAAAUAGAAUGAAUCUUUUUCUCUAUCCUCGAUA